GUUAUUUAUUUAUUUUGGAUUUUUUUGGGGGGGUGGGUGGGUGGUGAUGCCGGACCGAGCCCUCCUUCAACCUGUGGAUAAGAAGAGUUAAAGAGGGCGAUCUCCAGGUUCUGAAUGGCCGCGACAUGGAGGAAGUACCGUGCCAGAAAGUCCGAAGCAGGCGGAAGAGAAGUCGCUGUCCUGCGGGCUUCCCCCUGAGGAGCAUCGCCUGCGAGGACGAGUUCGACUGCAAGGAGCUGGAGUCUCUGUUCCAGAACUACAACCUGAAGCUGGAGCAGACCUCCACGCUCAAAGCCCUGGCGGUGCUCAUCUUCAUGUCGUCCACGCUGGCCGGCGUGGAGCUGCUCUCCGGCCCCAGCCUCAGCAUCUCCCAGGGCUCCCACCCGGUGCACUGUGUCGUCUUCACCUCCCUCUUCAUCGUCACCAACGUCAAGUACCUGCAGGUCACGCAGCUGCAGCAGAUCGUCAACCUCAGCCUCCUCUUCGGCUUCACCUUCUCCUUCCUCUGCUGCCCCUUCUCGCUGGGCGCCGUGGGCUUGGAGCCUCCCACGUCCCCCGACCAGGGCGUGUGGCAGCUCGUCCUGGUCACCUUUGUCGCCUACGCGCUGCUCCCCGCCCGGACCCUCCUGGCGGUGGUCUUCGGACUCAUGGUGUCCGUCUCCCACCUGAUUGUGACCGCCACCUCUGUCACCGUGAAAACGCAGAAACUGUGGAGGACGCUUGUUGCCAACACGGUGCUGUUCACCAGUGUCAACCUGUCGGGUCUGUUCGUGCGCAUCCUGACCGAGCGAACGCAGAGGAAGGCCUUCUUGCAGGCUCGCAACUGCAUCGAAGAGAAACUGCUCAUGGAGGACGAGAACGAGAAACAGGAGCGCCUCCUCAUGAGUUUGUUGCCCAGGAAUGUAGCUAUGGAGAUGAAGGAGGACUUCCUGAAGCCCCCUGAAAGGAUCUUUCACAAAAUUUACAUCCAGCGGCAUGAUAAUGUCAGCAUCCUGUUUGCAGAUAUCGUAGGAUUCACCAGCUUGGCCUCCCAGUGCACCGCCCAGGAACUGGUGAAACUCCUGAAUGAGCUGUUUGGAAAGUUUGAUGAACUCGCCACGGAGAACCACUGUCGCAGGAUCAAGAUUCUAGGAGAUUGUUACUACUGCGUAUCCGGACUGACCCAGCCCAAGACUGACCACGCCCACUGCUGCGUGGAAAUGGGCCUGGACAUGAUUGACACCAUAACGUCAGUAGCAGAGGCCACAGAAGUCAACCUGAACAUGCGUGUGGGGCUCCAUACAGGCCGGGUGCUGUGUGGCGUGCUGGGCCUCAGGAAAUGGCAGUACGACGUGUGGUCCAAUGACGUGACUCUCGCCAACGUGAUGGAGGCUGGCGGUCUACCUGGAAAAGUCCACAUCACCAGAUCUACACUUGAGUGCCUGAAUGGAGACUACGAGGUGGAGCCAGGAAACGGCCACGAGCGCCACGCCUUCCUCCAAAAACACGAGAUUGAAACUUUCUUCAUAGUGCCAUCACACCGGCGGAAGAUAUUCCCGGGAUUAAUUCUUUCAGAUAUCAAGCCCGCCAAAAAGAUGAAGUUCAAAACCGUGUGCUACUUACUGGUGCAGCUCAUGCACUGCAGGAAGAUGUUCAAGGCAGAGAUUCCCUUCUCCAAUGUCAUGAACUGCGAGGACGGCGAUAAGCGAAGGGCCAUGAGGACAGCGCCCCAAAAGCUGAGGAGUCGCACCAACGCCAACCAGGCUAACGUGAUCCAGAGCAGCCCCAGAACGCGGGUCAACCGCUACAUCGGGCGCCUGAUAGAGGCCCGUCAGACCGAGUCCGACACGGCCGACCUUAACUUCCUCACGCUCAUGUACAAGUGCUCGGAGCGCGAGCAGAGGUACCACCAGGUUCCGGAUGACUACUUCACCAGCGCAGUGGUUCUGUCUCUAAUCCUCGCCGCCUUGUGUGGCCUUGUCUAUCUCCUUAUCAUACCACAGGGCGCUGUGGUCCUUGUGCUUCUCGUCUUCUGCAUUUGUUUCCUGGUGGCGUGCAUCAUGUACCUGCACAUCAUCCGAGUACAGUGUUUUCCAGGGUGCCUGACCAUCCGGAUCCGCACUGCUUUGUGCAUCCUCAUAGUGCUCUUAAUCUACGCGGUGGCGCAGGCCUGCGUGGUGGGCUGCAUGCCCUGGUUGUGGGGCGGGGCCAAAACCAACAUCUCCAUCGUCGUCACUGACGUGGAGAGUGGCGCCAACCGCACUGCGGCCGAACUGCCUUGCGACGGCGCCCGUUACGCCUUCCUGUCCUGCGUGGUGGGCACGCUCACGCUGGCGCUCUUCCUGCGCGUCUCCUGGCUGCCUAAGAUGGCGCUCAUGCUCCUCCUGGGGGUGCUGUACGUCACCGUGCUGGAGCUCAGCGGUUUCCGCAAAAGUGCCGGUGGGGGGUCCUUCCACAUCCGGGGUUACGAGCCCAUCCUGACUCUGUUGCUUUUCGUCAGCGCCUUGGCCCUCCACUCUCGGCAGCUCGACCUCAAACUGCGCUUGGACUUCCUGUGGGCCGUGCAGGCAGAGGAGGAAAGGGACGGCAUGGAAAAAGUCAAACUAGACAACCGCAGGAUCCUGUUCAAUCUGUUGCCGGCACACGUGGCCCAACACUUCCUGCUGUCCAACCCCAAGAACAUGGUGAGCUUUGCUCAUAGACAGGCAGACACACACAAAGAGCACCAGGAUCUGUACUACCAGUCCUACGCACAAGUGGGCGUGCUCUUUGCCUCCAUCCCCAACUUCAAUGACUUCUACAUCGAACUGGACGGCAACAACAUGGGAGUGGAGUGCUUGAGACUGCUGAAUGAGAUCAUCGCCGACUUUGAUGAGCUGAUGGAUAAGGAAUGCUACAGAGACAUAGAGAAGAUCAAGACCAUAGGCAGUACCUACAUGGCAGCUGUAGGCCUUGUCCCUACUAUAGGAACAAAGGCUAAAAAAUCAGUUUCCGACCACUUGAGCACCAUAGCGGACUAUGCCAUCGAGAUGUUUGACGUUCUGGAUGAAAUCAACUAUCAGUCUUAUAAUGAGUUUGUGCUGAGAGUGGGCAUCAAUGUGGGUCCUGUCGUGGCAGGCGUCAUCGGGGCGCGGCGUCCCCAGUACGACAUCUGGGGGAACACGGUCAAUGUUGCCAGUCGCAUGGACAGCACUGGCGCACCAGGGAAGAUUCAGGUAACAGAAGACGUCUACCGCCUGCUCAACUCCAACUACGACCUUGUGUCCCGUGGCAAAGUCAGCGUGAAGGGCAAAGGGGAGAUGCUGACUUUUUUCCUGGAAGGACGGGUGCAGGGCGUGGGAACGGCCACCAUCUCCUCUGUGGUGCGCUCGGCCAGCCUGGCGCGCCGCAUCCACUCGUGCGGCAAGACCAGCGUGCCCGCUAACCUGGGUAGCGUUUCCCCCGCCGUCUCCCUGGCCAACGCCGCCCACAUCCAGCCGACAUGCCUUCCCUCUUCCUGUGUGCCCGCGCUGGGUCAGGGGGAGAACGGAGAGGAUACGGAGGUGAUUGAGAUUGAGGCGGACAUGGCGGUGUAGACACGAACAUGUGAGCGAAGGUAAGAAAAGCCUUAAAGGAGGAGGCUUUUUCCAGCCAGCAGCUACGCUCAUCACACGCCGGUGUGAUCCGGACAAUCAUGCAGGGGGAGGUCAUGAGCUGCUCGCCGCUUCUCACCUCCAGGUGCAUCCCUGCAAAGGACGUGUCUAUUGAUCUAUUUAUUGAUAAUGGGAAUGAUCUUGUCAUUGCUUUUGCACUGUCUUUCUAAUGAUGCCAAGGAUGCAUUGAGUUAUUUACCCUUUCUUUUCAUGGUGCGCCUCAGCAUGCAUGCGUGUAUUUGUGAGUGUGGAUGCAGGUGUGGUGGCGUUGUACCACGCAGCAGCACAACAUUGUUUGUGCAUCUGAUUGUAAAUAGACACUCUUCCCUUGAAAGAAACCAAAGCGAUGGGCUUUUCAAGGAAUCCUCAGUUGGCUUUUUGCCUCGUCGUCCACCUUCUGAGGUGAAAUACAGUGGAACUUCUAAAGUCGAACGUUUGCCAUUGGGCAUGGGUCGGCAACCUUUACCACUCAAAUAGCCAUUUUGACCCGUUUCACAAAAUGAGGAAGACAAUGGGAGCCGCAACUAUUCUCGCCAAUAUCUGCUGGUGGUCACCAGAUGACAAGAAUAAGGGCAUGCUAUGAAGACAUUGCCUUAAACACCUUCUACAACAUGUAUAAUCUGCUUGCCAGUCCAGCAACAUGUUGUGAGAGGCUUCCGCAGAUGCACGCACACGACUGGAAGGCAUACUGGGUUACACAGAGUACACUGACGUUUGUGAUAUAAACAACUUUAA